UGUCCAUGAACCCAAUGUCACAGCAACAGCAGCAGCAGCAGCAGCAGCAUCACCAUGGAACAUGGCCUCGGGAGCCAGCCAUGCACCUCUACCACCACCCCUGCCAACUGGAGCAGAGAGAAGGCCACCAUGAGAGGGAGCAGAUGUUUGAGAAGUGUCUCACUCCCAGUGACGUGGGGAAGCUCAACAGGCUGGUGAUACCCAAACAGCACGCCGAGAAGUACUUCCCCCUCGACGGCAACUCGGGCGAGAAAGACCUGGCGCUGAGCUUCGAGGACGAGACCGGCAAGCCGUGGCGGUUUCGCUACUCCUACUGGAGCAGCAGCCAGAGCUACGUGCUGACCAAAGGCUGGAGCCGCUUCGUCAAGGAGAAGAAGCUCGACGCAGGCGACGUCGUCCUCUUCCAGCGUCCACGAGGCGGCGGCGACCGCCUCUACAUCGGGUGCAGGCGCCAAGGUGCAAACGAGACCCCGUCACCGGCUCGCACCGCCACCAGGCUCAACGAGAAAGCGCCGUGGAGCCGAGUGCACCGCACGGCCUCAGGGCCUCAUCCAGUGAGCCCGAGCGGCGCCUGCUCACGUCAGGCUCCGGUGCAACAGGACGGCCUUCGUCAUGCAGGAGAGACGAGGCAAGCCGCAGCGGAGAACACAGCAGUAGCACCUGGGGGCAAAGCAAAGCGACUGAGAUUAUUCGGCGUGAACUUGGAGUGCGGCCCGGCCUCCGACCGCCGGCCUUUGCAUUCCGCCUCAUGGUUAUGA